CCAGUUGCGUACGACGCGCCGCGUCGCGUACACGGAAAAUAUCAUGACAUAUGGCCAGUGGUGACAAAUGUUUAUAAAACUAUUGUGUUUACGAUCAAAUUGUGUGAAAGUGGAUUUUUUUUUAUUUUCAUUUUGUGAAAUGAAGUUAUCGUGACGUAAGGAUUCAUUGUGGAUGUUUCAGAUGAAUAGCACCGUAGAUGUGUGCCGACCAAUGCGAAGUAAAUAUCAAAAUUUUAUAUUUUAAGUUGGACUUUCAAACUGGACCAAGUUAUAACAGUGAUAUACUACAAAUAAGUGUAAUUAUAAACAAGUAGUUCAAACAAACCAAAGACGAAGUGAAAAGUGAGUGAUGUCGUCGGAGAUAUGGCUGUGCGUCACAAUAUGAACAUGGACCAGAAUUUCCUCCCCGCGGACCCCCCACCCGCUCCAGAUGUAUACCAGCCCAAGACGGACCUAGCCAGCGAGUAUUUCAACACGUUCAACCAAAUAUGCGAGAACUACCGACCUGAUUCCGAUGUCAACCUUCGACAAACCUCGGAUACGCUUCGGCUGUCGUCGGAGAUCCUGGACGGCGCUCGGGACGAGUUCAUAAGCACGGAUUUCCUGUUAAAGAACAAGGAAUACCAGGCGGAAUAUGCAGAGAGAGUUUUUAUGAGUGGGAAAGAUGAGCAGAUCUUUCAGUUUGGACAGCCGGACGCUUCAGCCCUGCUCAGGCAUAGGGCGAGGAGAAGGUACAACGAGGAGCACGGUCUGCCGACGACGGUGACCAGCCAGGAGAGUGGGUAUGGUAGCGAUGAGUUCGGUCACGAUUCGCCCAGCCGGUACGCGUCUCCGAAGGGCGCCGGCAACAGCGCCGGAUACCAGGAGCCGUACUACGGCGGUGAAUGGGCGGCGGGUUACUACCAACCGCCACCGCCGCCGCCCUACCACCACGACCCUUACGCUACGUCACCGGGGAUAGCGGGCGCGCCGGCGGCGGACACGAGCUCGACGGGCGGCGCCGAGUUACCGCUACCGCCGAUGUCAUCGUUCAGGGCGGCCGCGCCGGUCCACUCGCCCAGCGACCCCAUGAUAGUCGCGAAGCCUUCCAUGCAGCCGAUGUACGCGGGCGCGGCCAGCACGCCUGGCGCGGGCGGCGAGGCGGGCAGCCUGUCGUCGUACGGCUCGUCGCCCUCCACGCCCGUGCACUCGCCCCCGCCGCUGCACGCGCGCCUCUACCCCCCGCUCAAACACUCGCCCCACCACCCGCACCACGCGCACCAUAACGGACAGCAAGCAAACUGGGUAGCGACGGGGGUAUCGUCACCACCCACCGCAUCCACCCCGCACGCACCACUGCCCGGCUCCGUCAUACCGAACGGUCACCAGCACGUCGUAUUCCCACCGGUUAUGGGCGCGCCGGCCGAGCAGCGACAGCUCGACGAGGCGAUGGUCUUCCUCCGCGAGCACUCUGACGUGGGGGGUGCGAGGAUGGAGGAGCGGCUAGACGACGCCAUCAACGUGCUGCGCAACCACGCGGAGGCCCCCGAGCUGUACCCGCAGGACGUGCACCAUCCCCACCAACCGCCCCCAGUGAGUCGCGUGGGGGGGCCACUGCCGCACCUGCACGCAGAGCCGCCCGUCAAGAUGGAGAGACACCUGUUGCCCAACACCAAGAAACGCAAAGAGCCCCCGGACUCCGGCCUGGACUCGAAGCCGUCGUCGUCCGGCUCGGCCGACGCGCUGGGCAAGGCGGCCAGCAGCAAGCGCUCGCGUCGCUAUUGUUCAUCAGCCGACGAAGGUGACGACGAGAUGGACCCACAAGCGAAGGCGCUCAGAGAAAAAGAGAGGCGGCAAGCGAACAAUGCCAGGGAAAGGAUAAGAAUAAGGGAUAUAAACGAAGCGCUAAAGGAGCUCGGUAGGAUGUGUAUGACCCAUCUGAAGAGCGAUAAGCCUCAGACGAAGCUCGGCAUAUUGAAUAUGGCGGUGGAGGUCAUCAUGACGCUAGAACAGCAAGUCAGAGAGCGCAACCUGAACCCGAAGGCGGCGUGCCUCAAGCGGCGCGAGGAGGAGAAGUCGGAGGACGCGCCCAAGCUGCUGGCGGCGCCGCUGCACCACUACCCCGCCAUGGCGGGCAUGGGCCAAGUGUCCGGGCAGCCCCCCUCCGGCCCCCCGCAGCAAUAGCGACUCCCGCGCGCCUGCGCGCUGCCCUAGACCGCACUACCGCCACCACGCAGCCCUAGCCGGCACUAGGGCGCUCGGGCUCCGUGUGUCGCUCGCCUUAUGUCGCAUUUAAUGUUGCCAUAGUUAUAUAGACAGGUGCUAAACUAAUGACGAUGUUUUAUUGAUAAAUUUUAACUUUUGUUUGUAAAUAAGAACGCAAUUUUUCAUUAUUUUCUAUCAACUAUUUUCAUAAGUUUUUUUUUCUAAUCUGUUCUUCAUUUCUGUUAUCGAAAAAUUUCCAUUUUCAAAUAUUUUUUUUUAAUACGUUACUAUCAAAAUGUUAAAUACACAACCAAGCGACACACGGCCGCCUUGAAACGGUGUUCCUCUUAAAUAAUAGAAAAACCAGUGAUGGAAUCCCUAGAGACGCUUACAGUCUGUAGUCGAAAUCGUUACUUGGGUACACUUGCGUCUGUAUUUUUUAUUUUAUUUUAAUUUUUUAUCUGUGGUGAAUAUCAACCGACGAUUUCCAAAGAGUGUAUCGGAAGCAGUGCGUAGUGAAACAAAAGUAAAUGAACUAUAGUAGUUAAGUGUGUAUAUUAUACAUUUAGUUUUACUACGGACGUGACGUCAGAGUGACGUCGCAAGCGCCCAAAGACAGUGGGAUACUUGUAACAUAGCCUAGGUAGGUUUAGAAUAAUUGAUAAAUAUAUGGAAAAAAGAUAUUUUUAAUUACCGUUUUUAAUUUCGCUGCCAUAAGCAUAGGUUUAAGAUCCGGGGCCCAUUUUUCUUAUGGCAACACCGCUCGUCCUAUUUUUUUUUUUUUUUGUUGGAGUUAUAUCGUUUUACGCUCUGUAUAACAAGCCCGACAAUAAUCGAAAGUGGGCUCCGGAUAUAUAUGAAGUUAUAUGAUUUUGAGAGCGUAUGAAUGACGGUUUGAGCGAAUUUGUUAAUUUUUUUUUAUAUCGUGAAUUCGCCAAUCUUUUUUUAUGUAUAGAAUGCGUUUUUUUUUAAUCAUGUGAAAAACGCGCGUCGUCUCGUUUAGCUAUGUGUUUUGUAAAUGUAUCGAGGUUAUUAUAUAUCAAAAUAUAUACUUGGACAUUUACAAGAAACAUUGAAAUUUAAUUGGCUGCUAACUUAAAUAUGUACUUAGAAUGUUUUUUUCUUUUUUUAGGAUUUUUUUUCAUAUUCAAAAUCCAGUGAUUCUAUUAUUUCAUCCAUCUACGCUUUUUGCGUAGUUUAUUUUUUAUUUUAUUUUAUACAUCCCUGUUAUAAAUUUGUCAUGUACUUAUUUUUUUUUAAAUAAAGUUUACUGUACAGAUUAAAUUUGAAAAAUGUGAUUAAUAAAAUUGUUGAUUUUUAAUUUAUUGAUCGUAUGACGCAUGACUUGUAUAUUGCAUGUGUUAAAUUCCAUAUAUUUUUUUUUAUAUAUAUGUAUUUAUUUUGUGCGGUAAACUUUAUUUCGAAUAAAAACGGACGUUUUUUUUAAUAAAUUUUAUAUUAAAAAUGUGUGGGAAUAAAAUAAUAAUACAUAGACUUUCUAUAAUAAUAAAUGGCGACACUAAUUUAUUUUAGAAAAAAAUAAUAUAGACAUAAUAAAAUGCCAUAUUAGUAUAUAUUUAAUUGUUAAUGAAAUUUAAAAAAAAAAUCAAAUCCCGCACAUAGAACGUUCGUUUUUUUUUUUCUAUAUGAUUUUGUUUUUGGACUUAUGAUUAUGAUAAUCGCGUAAAUAUUGUAAAUAAAAUAAAAAUGAUAUUCGUUAACGGAAGCUCAAUCAUUGAUUGUCGAUUAUUUUUGUAGUUUCAUUUUGACAAUUUGUUUUUUUUUAAUCAUUCAAUUACUUGUAUGAUAAAUUAUUUUUAAUACGAUUUUUCAGAUCGCUUUAAAUCAUGACAGCGCUUUUUUAGUAUAAAUAUAUAUAUUUAUAUACAUAAUAAAUAAAUGAAACAACUACAAACUGUACUACAAGUAGUAUGUACUACGGAGUACAGUGUUGGUAGUUGUUUAUUUUAAUUGAUUUUGAACUCUGUAUUAUAUAGGCAUAAGGUUGAUUUUCAUUUGACGUUGAUUUGUCUAAAAAAUGGAGUGACACCGCGCGUGAGCGAGAAGCGACUAUAUAUACGAGUGUAUAAAGUCGAUAAUUGAUUGAUAAAAGUUCAAAAUAUUUUUUUAGUAUCGUAUCCUAGUAUAAGUCACUUAAUAAUUAAUUGCGCAUAGUUUAGUUGACUUUCUCUUCCAUUUAGCAUUAUAUUUAAGUUCUUUUGUUUUAAUUAUUGUCUAUGAUUACGUAGGUGCGUUCGAGACAGGUUAUACCAUCAGUAAUUUAUUGUCUCUGGCUAAGGAGGCACUCGGGGUUAUUCUGUUCCGUUCGAAGACAGUCCUGGAGACUGGACGACUUGAGGCUCAGUUUUCAAUCAAUGUAUCGCGUCCGGCGCGCUGCGGCACUUUAUAAUGGACCGUAUGUUUCUCAGUUCAAAUGCAUAGUUUAUAAUAUGAUUACAAGAAAGCUCUUAUUAUAAAAAUGAAUAAUAUUAAUUAAAUAUAAAUGUGCCAUUCAUUUUGCUA